ACAGAUUGUCACAUUCACAUUUAUAGUGUUGUGUUUGUUGUCUGCGAUAAUCGUGAAAUUUAUUUAUUUAUGUAAUUAUUUCUCGUCCUGUACUUAAAAAAUAUCUGUUACAAUGUCAUUUAAUCCGAUUUCCUUCAAAAAUACGAGCAUUUCUGUUGUAAAAGAAUUCGUUCGCUAUGCGAGUAAAAAAACUGGAGGCAGUACAAAGAAUACAAAUUGCAAGACGAAGCCCAAACACCGCGGCUGGAAGGUGCAGGAUGGGCAUAAUGUUCAGGCUGGCAAGAUGCUAGCCACACAGAACUCCACCAGGUUUCACCCUGGUCUGAAUGUGGGAUUCGGUCGAAAUGGCACUCUGUUUGCUAUGGAAGCCGGUAAAGUGGUUGUGACUUGUGAGAAAUUUGACCCGUACUAUGGACAUCCUUGGGUACAACGGUUCUAUGGUGGACGGGAAGGCCAAAUUAUAUACAAGAAAUAUUACAAUGUCAUACCUGAACCCCAACACCAACGGUUCAAGUUGAUUGAAGAGAUUUAGUUUAUUGUUAACCAUCCUAAUGUUAUUUAAUUAUAGUUAGUACUAGUAAAGUAUUUGGUUCGUGUACUAGAUUCAAGAUAAAUUAUGAAAUUCUGAUUACUAAAUAAAGACACAUCUAAAACUAACAAAAA